AUGAGCAAAGACAUGGAGACGUUUGCCGCCCGUUUGGCGAGCUUCGAUAGGGUAUUGCAACCCGAGAAACGAAGGUCGUCGACUGCAAAGUCUGCAAAGGCCAUUGCCUGGCCGCAUAGAAAACCGUCGCCUGCUGAGCUGGCGCAUGCAGGUUUCUUUUAUAACCCUUACGAGACAAACCCCGAUAAUACAACAUGUUUCCAGUGCAACCGAGCGCUUGAUGGCUGGGAAGAUGAGGAUAACCCGAUUACGGAGCACCUUAAGCAUUCAAAUGACUGCGGAUGGGCUAUUAUGAUGGACAUUCAGCAGCACAGCUCAAACCCCGCCGAGAUUGAAGAUCCUACAGGCGACAGAAUAACCCAAGCAAGACAAGCAACAUUCGGUGAACAAUGGCCACAUGAUGGAAAGAGAGGCUGGGUGUGCCAAUCAGAAAAGAUGGUCGAGGGCGGCUGGUAUUUCUGCCCCAAUGAGGAAAGUGAUGACUUGGCCAGCUGUGCCUACUGUAAGCUGUCUCUUGAUGGCUGGGAACCCAAGGAUGAUCCUUUUGACGAGCACUACCGACGUUCAUCCGAUUGUUCGUUUUUCGUGUUCGCCCAGCCUGCUGGCAAAAAGACAAAGUCUUCCAAAUCCAAGAAGGGGCGAGUCUCGAAGGCCUCUCGCCUCUCCAACCAGUCUGUCACCACUACUAUUUCAGAAGCGCCUGCGCCUUCUAUGGACCUCGAGGACCCAAUGGACGAAAGCAUCAUGUCGCAGUCAACAACUAAAACCAAGGCUACCAAGAAAUCGUCCAAGUCUAAAACAAAGGGUACAAAGUCCAAGAAGAAUGAAGACGUGGAGACCGGCAGCCAGGUCGAUGCCGAAAACAUGGAUUAUGCGCAGCCUGAGCCUCCGAAGGCAAAGCGAACUAACAGGGGAAAGAAGAGAUCGACUGAUGAAAUGGAGAUGAGAGAACCGGAUAUAGUUGAUUCGGAAAGCAUCAAUCAGCCUGAACCGCCUGCUAAAAAGAGAGCUACCAAAUCCCGCAGCAGUGUUGCUCAGCAAGAACCAGAUCAGCUGAACGAUGAGCCCAUGCCAGAUGUCCAAGAGCAGGAUGAUACCACGCCUAAGGAGGAAGAGCCUAAAAAGAAAGGACGAACCAUAAAGAAGACUUCUAAAGGUCGGAAAGUAUCGGAGACCGUGCCCACAUCAAAAUCCACAUCGAAGUCUCAGGCACCUCGUGACUCCGAAUUGGAUGCAACAAUCGAGGCUGGCCUCGAAGAGCCUCAAGCUGAAGAACAACAGGAGGAACCUACUCGCAAACCCUCGAAGAAAUCCAAGUCUACCAAGAAGGCUAAGGCAGCACCAGAAGAACCCGUUCAAGAACCGGAAAAUGUAACCGAAGAUGCUGAGUACGAAGGACAGUCAAGUCAGAACCUUGAGCCGAAACAAAUAAAGCCCACCCAUACUGAGUUGCCAACUCAGAAGUUCGAAUCAGGCAAGGGCACGGAGAAGCGGAGAAGCAAAAAGAAAUCAAGGGAGCAGGAAGAGGUUGCUCAACAAUCUUCAGAAGUUCAGGCACCACAGGAAGUCAAUGCAACCCACGGGGACAGAGCCAGUUCAGCUGGGCACCAUGAAUCUUUUGUCUCCGUGGAAAUCAAAACAAGAGAUCCGAAUGAAGAGCCUGACUCCGAGGCUGCUGGUCAAGAAGCGAAGAAAAAGGUGCUUAAAAAGAAAGCCCCCCACACAGAGAAGGCCAAGAAGUCAAAGAAAUCAGAUAAGGGUUCUGCAGAGCGUUCCGAGUCAAGUGGAGGUUUCGCCGAAAAGGUUGACGCAGGACGCAGCUCCCAGGGACAAAAGCCUGUUGAGGUUGAAACCGAUUUGCCCGAGUCCCAAGCGCAAGAGACCGUGGAGAAAGAUGUUGAGCAAAAGCCUGCCCGUCGCAGGUCAUCGGGAGUUCCUCCAAAGACAACCGAACGGUACAGCGACAUCUCUCAAGAUAAGCAAUUUGCACAAUCGUUUACGGGGUCGCGGAGCUCCAAUGUCAAUGCCACACCCAAUGAUAGCAACAAAACGGAUAGACAAACGAGCGACGCCGUGUCGCCUCUUCCUUCGCCUUCGAAGAGCACACCAUCUCUGUCGCCUCAGUCGUCAGAUGCUGAGAAUCAACCUCCUUCCACAAAGCAUUUUGUGUCAAGGACUCCUGUGCUAUCUCCGUCCAAGCAACAGACAGGUCGAGUUCCUCUAGCACCCAGCACACCCUCGCCUUCAAAGCGCAAUGCGAACGCCGGGGGCCUAAAAACAUCUCACCCAUGGAUUCCCACCGAUAUUGAAGAGGUUCUCUUCGCCGGGGCCAGCGACAAGGAAAAUGUUGAUCUCGGUAUAACUCAAAAUACAAAGGGGGCUUUGAGUAGCCCAGAGAAGAAGAUGACCGUUGAAGAAUGGAUUUUAUGGAAUGCAAAGAAUGGAGAAGAAAGACUGAAGCGAGAAUGCGAGCGCUUGGUCGGUCAAUUUGAGAAAGAAGGUGGAAGGGCCAUGCGCGUAUUGGAAGGAAUUGAAUGCAUUGAUUGA